CUCUCUCGCUCGCUCGAAGCGCAUAAUAGGCGCAGCUGACUCGGAGGUGAAUAAUCACAACAAAACACACGAUCAAUGUCAUGUACUGUCAGUGGAGCAAUAGAGAGAUAGUAGUGUGCAGCGAACCAGUCAUCGCAUAAUAAUAUAAACAUUAUACGCAGUGACAGCGACAACAAGACUGUCAGUCUUGUCUCCGUCUCUCUCACUCGCGCUGUGACGAGCACUGGGGCCUCUCGACGACGACGACGCUUUUUAAAACUCCGUUACGAAAAAUCCAGCGUUCGGGUGCACGACGUAGAUGCGAACAUAACGGAAAGUCCGAGAGUGAACCCGAGGUGCGCGCGAGGCAAAGUCGUACAUACACAUCGAGAGAAUCGCGCGAGUGAGAGAGAUAUUAUAAUAUAUACGUAUAUAUAUACAUCGUCGGAGCUUAUACUGUGGCCGAGACAAAGAAAUUGCCAGCGAGUGCGUGCGUGCUGCGACGAGCUGCUUGGAGGCACAGUGCGUGUUUGUUAUUGAAAAUCGACGCACCCGCGACAGACAGGAGAGCGAGAUUGAAAAACAGGAGCGCGAGGAAUAAGUAGUGCAACGACGUCCAAGAUGCUGGAGCUCGAGGUCGUGCCCGAGCGCUCGCUCGGUUGCGAGCAAUGGGAAUUCAUUUUAGGUAUGCAUUUUUCUCAGUCUGUGUCCAUAAUACAGUCACAAGUGGGCAUUAUACGAGGAGUGCAAGUAUUGUAUAGUGAUAUUAAUCCGUUAGAAGUAGAUCUUGUGAUCAAUUUACCAUAUGAUGGAGUUAGACUAAUAUUCGAUCCAGUCGUUCAAAGGCUAAAAAUUAUUGAAAUCUAUAACAUGAAAUUAGUUAAACUCAAAUACUGUGGAUUGCAUUUUAAUUCUCCUGAAGUUUUACCAUCGAUCGAACAGAUCGAACAUUCUUUUGGAGCUACUCAUCCUGGAGUCUAUGACAGUGACAAACAAGUUUUUGUUUUAAAUUUUAGAGGUUUAUCAUUUUACUUUCCCAUUGAUUCCAAAUUCCAACCAGGAUAUGCUCAUGGUUUGGGUUCUUUACAAUUUCCUAAUGGCACAUCUCCACUAGUAGCAAAAACUGCUAUAUAUAUGGGAAAUAUGGCAUCUGGUGGUUCUAAUAGCGAAGAGCAUUGUCUAAGAGCACCUGCUCCACCUUUACCACUGGUCUGCUAUCACAAUAAUUUGUAUUUAGAAAAUGUAGAAAUUGUACGGGACAAAGUGCAAACUAAAGGCAUCAAGAUGAACCUUUUUACCGAGGGAAGUUCAUCAAGUAGAGUCCUUUUAGAACCAAAAAAAAUCAACCUUACAAAAGAGGUCUGGUUUGGAGAUACAUGUGAAGAUGUGUUGAGCGCUCUAGGGGCACCUUCUCGCGUUUUUUUCAAGGCAGAAGAUAAAAUGCGAAUUCAUAGUCCUCACGCACACAAACGAGAUAAAAUAAGACGGUCGGAUUUUUUUUAUAAUUACUUCACAUUGGGUUUGGACAUUCUUUUUGAUGCUAAAACGCAGUGUGUUAAAAAAUUUGUGCUACACACCAAUUAUCCUGGACAUUAUAACUUCAACAUGUAUCAUCGAUGUGAAUUUUCACUAACAAUACCUGCUGAAACCUCUAACUCAUCAGAUCCAGGCCAACUCAUUGAUGUUGCUGCGACUCCUGUAACUAUUACUGCCUACACUAAAUGGGAUGGAGUGAGCGAACAAUUAAAAGCCAGCCCACGUCCUGUUGUGCUCAAUAGAGCAUCUUCAACAAAUACUACAAAUCCAUUUGGCUGCACUUUCUGCUACGGCAUUCGCGAUGCUAUUGUGGAAGUUAUGGCAAAUCAGCAUAUUGCUAGUGUAACUCUCUAUACAACAGCAGUGUGACCCUUUUAAAUAUCAUAUUGAUACCUAGGUAAUCAAAAGAAUCUUGAAUCGUUAAGGUUUUCAUGUCCUUAAAUGAAAAUGUCUUCUGUAUACAUUACUCAAUUAUAUAGUAUAUAUUGAGGAAGAAGUCACCAAAAAAAUUAAAAACAGUUAUUAACGUCUUAAAUACGAGAAUUCAAACACGUACCUGUAAUCUCGCAUUAAAGAAAAAUUGUUAAAUAAUUUAUAAAAAAAAAAGUAUAUUAAUCUAAAAUAAUGAAUUGAAAUGUUUUUGACACAAUUCAUGACUUUCAGUACAAUCAAUUUUAAUUUUAAAGUUUUAGACUCACAAAAAUAACGAUAGAAUUUACAUCGAAAAGAUCAUGAUAAUUAUCACCAUUUGUUUUCAUACAGACUGGUUUUUGUCAAGUGAAAUUCAAUUCAUAGACGUAUUUCUUUCUUGAACCAUUUGCUCGAUGGUAUCAGGUAGUAAUGAGAAUCUUAGUAGUUAUUUACACUUAAUCAAAUUAAGAAUAUUAUUUUUAUACCAUAAAUUGAUGGAUAGAUUAUAAGGUAAAAUGCUUAGCUUAUUUCUCAUCAAAUCGAUAUAUUCUAUUAGUGUCUAAGGUAUUUCACUAUAGUCGUUUAUUGUAGCUCAAUUUUGUUGUUCACAAUGAUUAGAGCAAUAAGCGUAAAAUUAAAUUCAAAAAGUCUACAUGACGAAUGAAAAUGAUUUCUUAUUCAAAUGGCCCAAGCAGUCUCAAUUAAAUUUACUUGGGUCUAAAAUACAAUUUUUGCAGAUUGUUUUGAAAAAAUAUAUAUUUGUACUACAUCGUAUUCCUUACGUAACAUGCGUAAUUUUACCAUGGAAAAUUUUCGUACGAAUGCAAGUUUUUUCGCCUUGCCUAGUAAUCGGUAAAGUGUGAAUUAGGCUUUGUGUCUAUAUCUUGUAUGUUAAAAACAUAUUCAAAACUGAUAUUCAAUUUUAAAUCGUUGUGAUAUAAAAUGUUAUGUUCUUUUAUGUAAUUAAUCUAUAAAAUUUUAUGAAAUUAUUUCAAAGGAAUAAAAUUGUAUUGUACAGGCGCUCCCGGAAAAAAAUUAAAAUAACAUCGGGGCAUUAAUUGACUAUGUAAAAGUUCAUUAUAGAGAUUUUUAUGUUUACAUUUAUAUUAAAUUUAAUUUAUUUCUA